AUGAUAGGUACUAAAUUUGAUCUAAAAGACUUUCCAAUUGAAUGGAAGGGAUGUUGUCAUCCCCAAGACCUUAUAUCUGAACCAGAUUCUAUUAUUCCAGUGACAUUUCUGUGCAGCACAAGUAUCUCUAAUAUAUACCUUGGAGUCAAUACUCUAGCUUUUUUACUAAAACAUAAUGUGGUGAAUUCUUAUACUUUUGAUAAAUUCAUUCAUCAUUCAAUCGAGAUUCAAGGAAGGAGCCACUUUGUUUACCCAACCCCAGAAUCUAGUCAAAUCAACAUCCUUGGAAGUACCAUUCUUUGUACCUAUGGAUUUUCAGUAGAUGGUGACAAAGUAGAGUUUAGGCGACCUUUUGAACCCAUCAUUGUAAAGAAUCAAACUACCAUUUAG